GCAUACUACAUAUAAGUUAGUUAUCAUACUUAAAUGUAUAUUAGUUUUUUAUUUAUUUUCAUGUAUCACUUGAGCUAAUAAUUACGUUUCAAGUCCGAACAUUUAAUCGGCGCGCAGUCUAACGACUGUACAGGGAUUUCAGAAAAAUUCAUAUAGAAUUUAUUAGGCAUCUAAGAUCCAGCCGUGACCGUAAAGGCGCUCUCGAAGUUAGUUGUGUUAUAAAUAAUAUACUUUAAUAGAACUUUAGAUACUACAGACACAUCAUAAACUGAUCAUUAAUAAUGUAUAAUGUCUUAGAUAUCACUGAUUCAUGUGAAUAUUGUAGAGUCUCUUUCCUAUUUUAUAUGUGCACAUAUAAUAUGAUGAAUCAUUUCACAAUAUUUGUAUUAAUCUAUCUUAAGGGUGGACACUAUGGCGAUCGAAGAAUGCCAUGGUUACUUUAUGACUAACAAAUGGUUUCUUAGCUUUGUCUCUUUGACACAACACUUGCUCGCAGUUUGAAGUUUAAAAUCAUCGAGUAUGGAUAGUACAUAGAGACCACGUAUAUAAAUUUACAUAUUCCUUGCAAAGAGACCGACUUGAAAAUUACACAUAGAAAAGAACCUUUUGCAAUUAUAUCUGCUAAAGUGUAUAUAAAUAACAAUGUAAAUUGUCCAUCAUAAUAUACAUUGUUAUUCUCCUACGGAUUUCUGCUAAUCGCGUUUAACUCAAAAAACUAAGGAAAAGCAAAAUGCGGAAAAGGUGGUGGUUGUGUCAUGCUACGAACUUCCAAUCUUUAAUGUAUCCCUGUUUCAUCGUUUGCCGUGUUCUAGGACUAUUUUCAUACAAGAUCAACACUUCGACCUUCGAAACUUCCAAACCGCGCUACAUUCUGUCAUCCAUCGUUAUCAGCGUUUUCAGCGUUAUAAAUUUAGUACUCAUUCACGACAUUGUUACUUCGAAAAGAAUCUUUGGAGACAUAACCUGGGAUAUACAUGCAGUUAUUUACUAUGCGUUUAGCAAUUUCACAGUGAUCGUCACGCAUGUCUUAAGUGGUCCGCGAAUGCGCUUGUUACAGACAAUAUGGGAGAUCUCGUCAAAAUUACCCCCGAAGUCGUACCAAAAGAUGUCCAGAUUUAUUCACGUCAAGGACAUAUUGAGUAUUAUCUUCAGACUUGUGCAAUUAUAUUUAAAUUUUUCAGAAAAAAUUCUGGAAAAUACGAUCAACUUUUUCUUUGUUCUGAUUGGGGCCUUGACAGUGUAUUUCGCUCUACUGGUAUUACAAAUAAUUAUGAUGUAUAUAAAUUGUGUUUGUAUAUUGAAGGCUUGUUUCAAGGAAAUCAACGAUAAUCUGAUGCAUAUGCAAUGGCACAUGAUAAGAAACGAUAUAGAACCAUCUGUCCCCAGGAUUAUCUAUCACACACAGAGCAAUAAAUUUUUGCUGUUAAAACUUAAAAACCUAAAAAAGAGACAUAUGAUGAUUAGCGACACAGUGCAAAUGUUGAAUGUAAUAUUUAAUUUACAACUCCUUGGUACUAUAGUUACAAGUUUUUCAGUUAUUACCUUUGAGAUGUACUUUUAUCUCGUACGCUGGCAAGAUGGGAUAUUUAUUAGUUUGGACAGAAAUUUUCUUAUUAAGGUUUUACCGGCUAUUAUGUAUAAUGGUUCGAUAAUAAUGCUACUUGUGUGGGCGUGCGAGACGAGUAAAAAUCAGGCUCGAGAGAUUCGUACCACCAUUCACGAUUUAUUGAACACCACCAAUAAUAAGAAAAUAAAAUACGAGUUGCAGCUUUUUUCUUUACAAAUACUACAUCGGGAAAAUAUUUUUGCGGUGAAAGGUCUUAAUAUUAAUGCAACACUUCUUGCAGCGAUGGUGGGUUGUAUUACUACGUACCUAAUAAUCUUGAUACAAUUUUUACACAUGUCGCAUUCUUGUGGGAGAAAAACAGGAAUCAAUAAUAAUUAAAUCAUGAUUGUACAAAAAUGUGUUAGCAACUACUACGGGAAAUGCUUUUUUUUCAUUGCGAAUAAUAUA